GACAUUAUUCAAAAUCUGUCUCCCGCCUAAACCCAACAAACAGCCCAGAAGAAGAAGAAGAAGAAGAAGCAUUUAUUAAUGAAAGUAAAAUCUUUGGCUGCAAAUUACGGCUUCUUCUCCUCCUCUUUCAUGGUUACCGUUACCCCCUUUUUAUUCCCACAACAAAACCAAAAAAACUCCAAAAACCCCACACACACUUUCCCAGACACAUUUUCAAAUUCGAAUUUGCAGUUUUGAGGUUUUAUUAAUGUCAUCAUCAAGCACUAGAUAUAAAAGACUCCAUCUUUCUACUCAUUGUUCCACUCAAAAAUCACACCUUUUUUUCAAGUUUUAACACCCAGUCAAUCUAUCUAUAUGAACCCAAUUCAGGUUUCAACCCAAUUCAGCUGCUUCAUAGUCCAAUUCAAUGGCUGCUGAAAAAAAGACUUCUUUUCCUCGGCAAUCUUCGUACAAUUCAUUGUAUGCUAAUCCUCUGAGUGAGCAGAAGCAUAAUCGUAGUUGCAGUGAAGGAGGAGGAAAUUCUAGUAACAACAAUAUUGUUCCUCUUGUGGUUCAUAUUCGUCGGGGUCAUUCUAAUACUAACAUUCAUUUUGAUGACAAAGAAAAUGUUACCCCAAACGUUCCUUACAGUUGGAAUCGGGAUGAUAAGGAAAAUGUUACUCCUAAUGUUUCAUAUGGUGAUGAUAAGGAAAAUGCAGUGACGCCGGUUUCGGGUAAAGGAAUUCGUCUUCUUGACCCGAAGGAUUUUGCUGCUGUGGAUGAGUGUCAUUCCAAAGACAGGGCUUUGAAUUUGAAGCCAUCUUCACUUCAGCUGUGUAUGCAGAAGCACGAACCCGAUUCGACAUUCGGGGUGAAAUUCUGGGAACCGGUUGUUGAUUCUGAAAAGACUAAUUCAGGGAAUAUCUGGGAUUAUUCAGAUUCUGAAUCUGCACCUGCUGCUUCUUGGUCCACUCUCCCCAACAGGUCAUUGUUAUUUAGGCCUUUGCCUGUGGAUAUCGGAAGGUGUACGUGUCUGAUAGUGAAGGAAGCAUCUGCUAAAGGACUGGAAAAGGGCACUCUUUAUUCCCUUUAUACUAAUGAAGGUCACGGUAGACAAAACAGGAAACUCGCGGUGGCACUUCACCGGAGGUGCAAUGGGAAGUCCGAGUUUGUGGUAGCAUCAGAUGUAAAUGGAAUCCUGAGUAGUCAGGAUGAUGGUGUAAUAGGGCACAUGAAUGCAAACAUUAUGGGCUCAAAAUACAACAUAUGGGGUCUGGGGAAUCAUCUCAAUUCCACGCCUAAACACUCAAAAUUACAAGCAGUUGUUUCAUUUAUGCCUACAAUAGCUACCUGGACAGGGAGCUACAGAAGCAUGAAGGCUUGGAUACCAAAGCAUCAAUCAAUGCAGUUAAAGAAUACAAAUCAGCACAUUAAUGGACUGCCAUUGGAUUGGAAUGAGAAGAGGGAUAAAGUGCAUCAGCUUUUCUCCAGGGUGCCAUAUUACAACAAGAUGUCGAAACAGUAUGAAUUGGAUUUCAGAGACAGAGGGAGAACAGGACUCCGAAUCCAGAGCUCCGUAAAGAAUUUCCAACUAACGCUGGAGAAGAAUGGAAGACAGACAAUUCUCCAGCUUGGAAGGGUAGGGAAAUCCAAUUAUGUGAUGGAUUUCAGAUAUCCAAUGACUGGUUUCCAAGCCUUCUGCAUCUGCUUGGCAUCUAUUGAUUCAAAGCCAUGUUGCACUUGGUAAUCAACAAAUGCCUAUAACAAAAUCGAUCCGAUAAGCACGCUUUAGCUGCAUAACUUCUGUAUAGAAGCCGGAUGCCCUCAAUCAAAAGCAGGACCUUUGCAUUAACAGACAUGAUGAAGCAAAAUGACAAGAGGGGG